CAUUUCCUGUCCAGACCACAGGGUCCUCAAAACCCUAAUCCCCUCCCAUCUCUUAAGCGCACAUUUGAGAGAGAGCUGAGAGUUGAAACCCUAGCCGAAUCUCCCUCUCUCUGUCUGCGGAGAAAAGAUGCAGAUCUUCGUCAAAACCCUAACGGGGAAGACUAUAACCCUAGAGGUUGAGUCUUCCGACACCAUCGACAAUGUGAAAGCCAAGAUCCAAGACAAGGAGGGCAUCCCCCCAGACCAGCAACGUCUCAUCUUCGCAGGGAAGCAGCUCGAGGACGGCCGAACCCUAGCUGACUACAACAUCCAGAAGGAAUCGACUCUGCACCUGGUGCUUCGUCUCCGUGGUGGAGCCAAGAAGCGUAAGAAGAAGACCUACACCAAGCCCAAGAAGAUCAAGCACAAGAAGAAGAAGGUCAAGCUCGCCGUCCUCCAGUUCUAUAAGGUCGACGAUUCUGGAAAGGUCCAGAGGCUCAGGAAGGAGUGCCCCAAUGCUGAGUGCGGCGCCGGGACUUUCAUGGCCAACCAUUUCGACAGGCACUACUGUGGUAAGUGCGGCCUCACCUAUGUCUAUCAGAAGGCUGGCGGCGACUGAGUUAAACGCACCGUUUUGGGUUCGUUUUUAAUAUCACUAUGUUAGGGUGCUGAACAGUUGGUUAAUUUUAAAUAAUUCUGCUUUAGGAUUUGGAACCGUGUUCUUAUGGUUUAUGCUUUAUGUAUUUUGAUAUGGUACUUAGAAUUUUAAUUUCAAUUUUGGAGUUAAAUGGUUAGCUAUUAUUAUUUAUAAUUUUGUUAUAU